UGAGCCGUGACCACCGCUCACGUAUACCCUCGCUUUUGACAUCGGCGGUGGCGGCGGUGGCGGCGGCGGCGGAGUGUGCGUGCCAGUGGGAAAGGUAAGAUGGCGGCGGACGGAGAUGCGGUGAUUCCGGACCAGGAAAAAGUGCGAAUAGUCUCGGAUUUUAUACUGCACUCGCCGCCGGGCGAGUUCAACGAGGUGUUCAACGACGUGAGGGUCCUUCUGAACAACGACAACCUGUUGAAGGAGGGCGCGUCCGGUGCGUUCGCACAGUACAACAAGGAUCAGCUCACGCCUGUUAAGAUAGAGGCGAGCGAACACCCGGCACUCAUAACGGAACACAAUGAUCUGGGUUCCCAGAGGUUUUACGAUGGGCGGAGUAAGCAAAGUUUUAAAUACGAUCACUUGAGGAAGGAGGCGCAAGAUUACGAGCCUUACGAACCAGAUCCUGUAGCGGAACCCUGGAGGUCAGCCCUUCAAGAGGAAAUAACGAAUUACACUCAAAGUCACUACAGACACGGCGCCUGCUCGGUCUUCGGCAAAUCGCUCGGAGGUAACAUAACGCUAACAGCGUGCAUAGAGGAUCAUCAGUUUCAACCUAAGAACUUCUGGAACGGUCGCUGGCGCUCGGUAUGGACCGUAAGUUUUACCCCGAAUUCGGGAAACGCCGAAUUAAGGGGUAGCCUCAAAGUACAAGUGCAUUACUACGAGGACGGGAAUGUACAGUUGGUCAGUAGCAAGGAGGUGAAGGAGAGCCUGCCGAUCUCCAAUGAGAAACAAACGGCGAAGGACCUGAUACGGUUUGUCGAGGAGUCUGAGAAUGAUUAUCAAACGGCGAUCUCGGAAAACUAUCAAACGAUGUCCGACACCACCUUUAAGGCGCUGCGAAGGCAACUGCCAGUAAUGCGAACAAAAAUCGACUGGAACAAAAUUGUUUCGUACAGUAUUGGCAAAGAGCUUAAAAGUCAAUAGAAAUAGAUUUUUUUAUAUAAUAAUAUUAAAAGAAAUAUAAUUAAAAGGAAAGCGCAUUUUGCUGCAUGAGUGAAGUCUGGAGGUGUGAUGUGCAUGGGAGCAAAAUGUAACAUUAAUGAAUAACGUCGGAUUAGAGAAACUCGACUCAUGCAUGCCACUCAAGGUUCCUCUCGACUCCAUAUUGUAUGUUGUUACAAGAAGCAAUAAAAAAAAAGUAAAAGGAGGCCAACACUUUUUCGGCGUUGUCAAUUGUAUCAAAAAAAGUUUGUUGCUUUCGAAUCCGGGUUAUGGUUUCUCCGAAGUAAUUUCUGCUUAAAUUCUUUCGGUACGUGACAACAACGUUAAUGAAUAGCUCGAGAACAACAAAGCACACAUACACACACACACACACACACACUAUUGUCUCCAUUCGAGCGUCCCGAUUGUCAAAAUUUAUGGAAAGUACUCGACGAUGGAACCUUCGUGUGAAUCGCGUUGAUUUUUCGCUUCGUUAGCUCGAACCAUCUUUCUCGAAACGAUAUCCACGAUAUUCGCAUUGUGCAGCAUAGUGCAAGAUAUAAUCUUUGACUUCGGAUGGGCGUAAAAAACGAUAAACGAUAAGCUGUCGAAGUAAAAGAUCUAUUCACUAUUUAUAAUGGGGUAAUGGGGAUCCUUGCUCUUAUGUUAAGUGAUUAAAUUGAAGUUAAAUUCAAUGUGUUGAAUAGCUUGAGAUUGUGAGACACACACACAUACACACAAAUAGCGAAAGAUAAAUUCGAACUGUAAUCAUGUAGAGUUGUGAGAAGCAAUGAGAGAGCAGAUGGAGGCAGUUUACUCAGCUUCACGCAAAACUCGUCGAGAUUCCUGUGAAACUUUAUCAUGAGGAUAAUGACGUCAGUGAUAAUCGACAAUUGUUUACUUAUGUUUUUACCUCUAUAACGUAUAAUUCUUCUUUGCCGUUUCUACAAGGGAUUCAUCGCGAGAGACAAAACUAGCGCAGAAUGGUGUCAGAGUCACUGAGGUUAUUACGCAAUUGAUAAUUUCAUCGACUGAAACUACAUCGAUCUGCUCUGGCACAAUUUAUCCGUCACUUGAUAGUUCACCCUGACUCGCAAACGAGAAAUAAUUUGAAUCGUUAGGUAAUUACGUUUGCGAAUUCAUCCUUCGAUCGAGCUCACUCAAAGCAUGUACGACUCGUAUGCAUUUCUAUUUCACAAGUGCGAUUGUGAAAGAAAAAAACGAGAGUCUGUAACGCAAAAUAUUAUACAAUACGAAAGAAAGUUUUCUUACGCCGAUGCGCCGAUGCGAUAAUAAAAUAGCGAAAUUAAGAGUUUACGACAGGUGUAAGAGAAAAAAACAGGACCCCUUUAGACUAACUCGUUUUGAAGGAAAAGAGAAAUCUCCCGUAACGAUUAAGCCUUUGGAGCAGUCAAAGCGGCGCGUGCGACCACAUGUAGCGCAUUCUAAAAAUUCGAAUGACGAUAUAUAUUCCGAUCAUCGUUGCGUUACUUGUCGAUACAACAUGCUGGGGCCACGGGUGAUGUCAAACGCAUAAUAUAUCAAACGUAAUACAAAAGACAUUAGACGUGUCUAUGAUUUACCAGUCCGGUAUACGAACACCGUUUACGUGUUCAUACCGUUCUCAAUACACAAAGUACGAAGACAAAAAGGGAAAAAAAGAAAGAGAGAGAAAGAGAAAGAGAAAAAGAAACAUAAUUCUUAACACAGAUAUCGGUGGGCGAGGCCUACUAUUUUUAUCCGACUUUAUAUUUCAUAAAAGUGUAAGUCUCUAUAUACAUUUUUGUUAAAAUGUAUUGUUUUAUAAUAAGUAUGUCUAUUAUAUAUAUAUAUAUAAAUUAUAUAUAUAUAUAUAUAUAAUGAAUACGUUGCAAAGUUUAAUGAUACUGAUGAGAAUGAAAAAUAAAUGUUAAUCAUUGCAACUUGGUUUCUAAAUUGAAGUACAUUACAUAGAGUAAUAAUAGCCGUACGCGACGAUCACAUCUCUCGUGUCAAGCAGAAGCGUUGGGAAGUAUCUCUUGGUGCUAUCGCUUACUACACACAUUACACAGCCAGACGUGUACACGCGAGGAAAAAAAAAGAAAAAACGGAAGAAACUAACAAAGUAUACAUUGUACAUUGUAGAAUGUAGCCUAUAGCCUGCUGGAGCCUUAAUCUGUUCACUUUACGUUGGGGGAACGGGGGGAUACUAUGUACAUAUGUUAUUUGGAUGAAUGAAUGCGACGAUGCGCACUACCAUUUGAUUCUUAAUGCAAUAGGAUUCGAAACGUGUGUGUAAUAUUAUUCGUACUUUGUAAGUUACAUCGUAAUUCAAGGCGUCAUCUCCUUCAGUCACGAUAUAAGAUAACUUCUCGGAGAGGGUGGGAAAGGGGGAGAGAAAGAGAGAAAAUGCAGAUUCUUGCCAUUGAUCGUGGACGGUUGAACAAAAUGUACGUACGUGGAUAAAAAAGCAUACGAUAAAUUGUCUGUUAGCACAUGCGAGGCACAAUAGCAAAGUUAUUCAUGUAAAUACGACAUCGCACAUUACAUUAUACUCGAGUCGUUGUUUGUAUUACGUAUGUAAAUUACAAAAUGGAGAGCGUUGAGGUUUCGAAUCUUGUCAAAACUCCACACACACACAUACACACAACAUAGUUGCCUACGAGAUAUUGAAACUAGGUAUUACCUACAAUCGAGUGUAUCGUAACGUAACAAACGCAUGUCCUUAUGUAAAAAUUUAAACACAGAAUACAUUUAUCAGUUAAAUUAUGUAUUAUUGAAUGUUAUGAUUGAUUAAAUAAAGUGAUAUGACACUUUA